AUGCAUCGACCUCUUAGUCAGAAUCCCUCAAGGAGGUAUUCAUCACCAUCGUUAUCAUCAAGAUCAUACCUUCGUUCUGGUACAAAUAACAACAAUAACACCGCAACCAGUCCUAACGAAGAAACAAACACCAAUCCCAGGCCUAACCCCGACCCAACUCCCUCAAUCAGCCUUCAAGAGAUCAACCCAAUGAGGGGAGUAGGAGAUCUGAAAAGGGGCAGACAAUCUACUCUUCCCACAGGAAAGGGUAAUAGUAAUCCUCGAAAGUCCGCCAAGAACCAAACGAACUCUGAACCUCCUGUUGGCGGGAAUCAAGGUACACCUCGAGUCGUUCAUCCACCUCCUACCUCUUACAACUUCCCGGCUCAUGUAUAUGGUAGUCAUUAUGUCACACUUCCACCUCCCCCAGCAGAGAAUCAUCGAGAAACAGGUAUUGACCUUUCUGGAUUUCAGACUGAUUACCUUAGAAGAAGACUUGAUGAGCAACUCCGACGAGCGCCUCAUUCAGAUAUUAUACGAUCAACAUCUCAAGUCGAUGAGGAUGAGAAGAAUAAACCCGUUCCUUCAGAGGCUUAUAUCAUCUUGAGGUUCCACCGAAAACUCAAUGGAGGCUGGAAAGACGAGACUGAUAAGGAUCUCGUUGAAUCUGCCCGAUGGACAUACGAGCUGAACCUCGUUCAGCAACCCACACGAGGUAAAGCAGUGGGUCUCGGUGCACUUCCUCGAGGCUGGCCAGCUCUCUCUGCGCCCCUCAUCGUUCAACUCAUUGUCAAAGAUCAAGUCGGUACUGUCAUCUCCGUUGACCACCCCUCUCUCAGCCGAAGACUGGUUCAUACUAGUGUGGCAGUUGACCUAGUUUCUCCUGAUGGUGGUGAAUCUCGUUCCCAUAUGAGAGUUUUCGACGUUCUGGAAGAUGGACAACACACAGCCAUCAAAGACAGUCCAGAUGAAAGCGACAAGAUCUCUCGCUUUUCUGAUAUGUGCUCAAGGCCUGAGCGUGUGCUUCUCGGUUGUCUUCACCGUUCUGCCAAUACUUACGUUAUCGACGGUAAAAGAGGAAUCUACUUCCUUUUCACUGAAAUCUUUGUUAGGAACGUAGGAACUUUCGCUUUGAAAAUUUCCUUACUUGAUCUGGCUGGUCCUGCUCAUGUCGGUACAUCCAUUGGUAUCACAGGUCCUAUCACCAGUGUUCUCACCGACCCGUUCUUCGUUCAUCAUGCAUCGGAGUUUCCGGGCGCUCUUCCGGUCACUGACCUAUCUAGGGCAUUCAUCAUGCAAGGUGAACGUAACUUGGGUCGUCGAACUCGUGCUGAGAAUAACGGAAUAUCCUCUGAAGAUGAUCUGAACCGUAUUCAAUCUCUUUCACCUGAAAAUCAGAUCACCGAUCAAAUGCAAAAACAUGCAGCUGAAGCUCAAGCUCAAAAUCAAGCUCAUACUGGAAGCUAUCCCGGUCAAGCUAUACUUGGAAGUCAAACGCAGGGUCCAGGUCAAGGUCAAUCGUCUAGACAACUGUAA